ACAGCAAAGCCUGAAAACACGUGGUAACCAUCAUUCAGUGAACCCCACCAGUCAGCACCGAUGGAAGCAGCGUAUUGCCUCGCGUGUCCCCGCCUUCCUCCCGUUUUGCUUUCACCGCACCGGUGCCGGUGGUCGUGGCGCUCUCCUCCUCGCGACCCUCGUGCCGCUUCGAGCGGUGGGUAUAGCUCUGCCUCCCCUGGCCAUUGCCCGCGUCUCGCGGCCGCGCCCCGGAACCGGAUCCCGGCGAAUCUAGGGUUGCAUCCGCUCCGCAACCACCGCCCGUCGCCAUCCCCACCCGCUUGGAGGAGGAUAAUAGGCGACAGAGGCCGUUUGGGACGCUCGCCCCGCCUCCGCUCCCGCCUCGUCGUCGAAUGCAGCGGCGGCCCACCUCGUGAGGAGCGCUCGAGGCACGGAGGAGUAGUUGAGGAUAAAAUUUCACAAAUGACGUCCACUGUGCCAAAGUCAUCAAAUAUCUUCUGGCAUGAUUGCCCAGUUGGCAAGGUUGAUCGUCAGAAGCUAAUCAAGCAGAAAGGUUGUGUUGUUUGGAUUACAGGCCUUAGUGGUUCAGGCAAAAGUACCUUGGCAUGUACAUUAGGUCGAGAGCUCCACACAAGAGGGAAGCUUGCAUAUGUUCUUGAUGGCGAUAACUUAAGACAUGGUCUAAACAAGGAUCUUGGCUUUAAAGCUGAAGAUCGUGCCGAAAAUAUACGGAGAGUCGGUGAAGUAGCAAAGUUAUUUGCGGAUGCAGGCCUUGUAUGUAUUGCAAGUUUGAUAUCUCCAUACAGGAGAGACCGUGACUCUUGCCGUGCAUUAUUGUCAGAUGGUAGCUUUAUUGAAGUUUUCCUGAACAUGUCAUUGGAGUUGUGUGAAGCAAGGGAUCCAAAGGGCCUUUAUAAGCUUGCACGUGCAGGAAAAAUAAAAGGUUUUACUGGAAUUGAUGACCCUUAUGAACCACCAUUGAAUUGCGAGUGCUUUCUUGCAGAUUGAGAUAAAGGAAGUGGAUGGUGUAUGCCCUUCACCUUGUGACAUGGCGGGUCAAGUUGCUACUUAUCUUGAGGAGAAAGGCUUUCUUCAUCAGUAGGUGGAAUCCAUUAGGCGGUCGAUGAGGGGAAUUUAUAUUAAUACUAGUGUGAAAUAAGUCAACCGCUGGCAGGGUCUUCCGUUCUUGUGUAGAAUGAUUCGCAUGCAUUGAUCUAGCUACCUAUAUCUCCUCUUCCCCCCUACCUCUCCCGCCCUCGUACAAAGCUUUGUGCCAUGGCAUUCAGAAUAGUGUAGAAGGUUCCUAAUCUGAUUGACUUCUAAUUAACUUGUAAUGCAAUCUAGCCACAUAGGGUGGUAUCUAGUAUCGAUGUGGCAGUUAUUGUCAGGAAGGUUCAACAAAUAUUCAGAGAA